AACAGUCGCUAUCCGCGGACCGGGCGGCGCAUGCGCUAGGCGGAUUAGCGGUGUAAUACAAGCGUUGUGGGGGCGACGCUUACGCAGCUUCGUUUGUGGAGGGUCUUUUUUUUAUUUUCUGAAGGAGGGGGGGUCCCUUUUCCUCACAUUACGUUCGUGGUGAGGACCGCAAAUGCGUGAGAGGCUCGCUUUCUUUCUGAGGUUAACAUCGCUUUCAUAAUAAGCCUGAGCAGUCGCUCCUUGUGUGGAAACCAGGCUGUGCAGUGAAACCAUCUGCUGUCCAGCCCAACUCUGUCAGGAGACUUGUCUGGUGUUCUCAGCUUGAAGAAGAUCUACAGUCAUUAUUGAUCCCUUUUCUUGGCGUUACCUUUUUGAAGUGAAGUUUACCUAGCUUUCUAGUGUGAGCUUUCUUUUCAGACAUCUCUAACGUUUGAUCCAUAAUAGACAAUCUAUAGUUCAGCAAUGUCCAAGUCGUUCCACCAGUCAUCUCUAAGUAGGGAUUCCCAAGGUCAUGGACGUGACCUGUCUGCAGGAAUAGGCCUUCUUGCUGCUGCUACUCAGUCUUUAAGUGUGCCAGCAUCUCUUGGAAGGAUGAACCAGGGUACUGCACGCCUUGCUAGCUUAAUGAAUCUUGGAAUGAGUUCUUCAUUGAAUCAACAAGGAUCUCAUAGUGCACUGUCUUCUGCUAGUGCAUCUUCCCAUGCCUUACAGUCUAUAUUUAACAUUGGAAGUAGAGGCCCACUCUCUCUGCCUUCUCAGCACCGCGGAGAUGCCGAGCAGGCCACUAACAUUCUGGCCAGCUUUGGUCUGUCUGCUAGAGACUUAGAUGAACUGAGUCGUUACCCUGAGGACAAGAUCACUCCUGAAAACUUGCCUCAAAUACUUCUGCAACUUAAAAGGAGGAGAGCUGAAGAAGGCCCUUCACUGAGUUAUGGUAGAGAUGGCAGAUCAGCUGCACGGGAUCCAGCAUACAGAGUUCCUAGGGAUGAUUGGGAAGAGAAAAGGCAUUUUAGAAGAGAUAGCUUUGAUGAUCGUGGUUCUAGUCUCAACCGAGUGGUUGACUACGAUCAUGGAAGUCGUUCUCAAGAGUCUGUUUAUGACAGAAUGGAUUAUGAAGAUGACAGAUUAAGAGAUGGAGAAAGGUAUAGGGAUGACUCUUAUUAUGGUGAAACCUCGCAUAAGUAUCGUAAAUUUGACAGUGAGUAUGAGAGGAUGGGUCGCGGCCCUGAGAGAUCUCUCUUUGAGAAAAAGAGAGGUGCUCCUCCAGAUAGCAAUGUUGAAGACUUCCAUGGACUCUUACCGAAGGGCUAUCCCCAUCUGUGCUCUAUCUGUGAUUUGCCUGUUCAUUCCAAUAAGGAGUGGAACCAGCAUAUCAAUGGAGCAACACACAGUCGACGUUGUCAACUUCUCCUGGAAAUCUAUCCUGAAUGGAACCCUGAAAGUGAUUCUGGACCUGGAAUGGGUGAUCCGUUUAUGUUGCAGUCAACAAAUCCUGCCCCAGGAAUUCUGGGGCCGCCACCGCCACCAUUUCAUCUGGGAGGGCCACCAGCUGGGUCAAGAGGGUCUGGAAAUGGAAGUAUGCAAGGACCAAGGCACCUGCAGAAAGGCAGAGUGGAAACAAGCAGAGUUGUGCACAUCAUGGAUUUUCAGAGAGGGAAAAACCUGAGAUAUCAGCUACUGCAACUUGUUGAACCAUUUGGAAUAAUUACAAAUCACCUAAUCUUGAACAAAAUUAAUGAAGCAUUCAUUGAAAUGUCUACUACUGAAGAUGCACAAGCUGCAGUAGAGUAUUAUUCAGCAGCCCCAGCCUUAGUGUUCGGCAAACCCGUCAGAGUCCAUUUAUCGCAGAAAUAUAAAAGAAUAAAGAAACCAGAAGGGAAGCCUAACCAAAAAUUUGAGCCUCCAAAACAAGAACUUGGUCGUGUGAUCCAUCUCAGCAAUCUGCCGCAUUCAGGAUAUUCUGACAAUGCUGUACUUAAACUAGCUGAGCCCUAUGGAAAAAUAAAGAAUUACAUACUGAUGAGAAUGAAGAGUCAGGCUUUCAUAGAAAUGGAGACCAGAGAAGAUGCUGAAGCAAUGAUGGAGCACUGCUCCAACAAAGCCCUUUGGUUCCAGGGAAGAUGUGUGAAAGUAGAUUUGUCUGAAAAAUACAAGAAACUAGUACUAAGGAUUCCCAACAAAGGAGUAGAUCUGCUGAAGAAAGAUAAACCAAGAAAAAGAGGUCUUUCUCCAGAUAGCAAAGACUCUGAAAGUGAGAAAAAAUGUAAGACUGAAGAUAAUGACAAAAUGGAAGGCAAUAGCACCGAAGAUAAAGAAGAGAAGAGAGAUGAGGCAGAUACAAAGGACAAUGAUCAGGCAGACCAGGAGGAACCAAGUUUACUCCUUGAAUCUGAAGAUGAACUAUUAGUGGACGAGGAGGAAGCAGCAGCAUUACUAGAGAGUGGGAGCUCAGCUGCAGAUGAUACGGAUGUAGCUAACUUGGGUGAUGUGUCUUCUGAACAAAAGGAGGCAGCUGGUGAUGAUGCUACUGCGAAACCUGAAGACAAUGCUACAUCUGCACCAGCGGCAAAGAAACUCAAAAAGCGACAUGUAGGUGGAUUUCCAAGGAGCAUGGAAGGCUUUGUGACUCUAGAUGAAGUUGGUGAUGAAGAAGAUUUAGAUCACCAAAAACGUAAAGCUGGUAUUACACUUGCUGCAAAAACUGAGGGCAGCAUAACAGAAACUCAGACUGUAAACGCAGAAGAAGGGCAGCAAGAAAACGAGGCACUGGAAAAUGGUGCUAAAAAUGAGAAUUUGAAGUCAGAAUCAUCCGAGGUGACAGACAGCACACUGUCAGAAGAACAAGAUAAAAAAGAAAACACAGAAGGGCAAGAAAGUGAUGAAAAUAGGAUUGGACCCUAUCAGCCAAGUGUUCCUGUUGGUGUGAGCUUUGUGGUGCCCCGAACUGGAUUUUACUGCAAGUUGUGUUCCUUGUUCUACACCAAUGAAGAUGCGGCAAAAAAGGUCCACUGCAGCAGCCUUGCACAUUAUCAAAAGUUGAAGAAACACAUGGAGAAGGCUGAAGACAAGAAACAGAAAAAAGAGACUUAAAUGCAAAAAAAGGGGUUUGCCAAUUUAAGGAAAAAAUGGUUUUAUUUUCAACGUUAAUCUCAAUACAGUAAAGUUGGGGAAACGCUAUACUACUUAGAUUUUAGUGGAUUAAAAUAGAAGUAUAAUUCUGUUAGUGUGUUUAAUGUUACAGCAAAAUCUGCAUUGUCAAAAACGAUCUUUUUUUAAAAAAAAUGGGAAUGACGAUACAGCUUUUUGUGCUGAUUGAUGCUUGAAGCUACCAAGGAAAUGUACAGCAUUCUGAAGAGUUAAGAAAGGAUUUCAUCCGCAUUAAUAUUUUCAGGCUUCAAAGCACAUCCCUUUAACCGUUGGUUCUGUUCAAUUCAAUAUAAGCAGUUAGCUUUUUUCCCUCCUCUGGAACAUUCCAGUCUAUGUCCAGCUGACUUUCAUGAUUUCAUUUCACUUUUGAGAAUCUCUACGAAUUUUUGGUGACUUUUUAAAAAGUGGAAAUGCUUUAUUUUAGUCUAGGUGUGUUUGGUAGUGAAUAGAAAAACUGAUAGUCAGCUUUUAAAAUGCUGUGUUUCUUCUGCUUGCGCAGAAAGUAAAUUCUUCUUCUUCUGACCAGUAUUAUUUUUCUUGCUUGCAACUUCAAUUUAGUACUUUUCAUACAUCUCAAGUAUAAGCAAAAGCAGCAUUUGAACCAUAAAUUGUAAAUAGUUACCUUUUUAUGUUUGUAUUUCAAUUCUGAUCCUAGACCAGUUACUAAGGUGUCACUGAAAUUGGUGGGACUUGCUUCAAAGUAACAAGUUUACCUCUUCACAUUUGGUUUUAUCUUAGAACUGUGCUCUUGAUGUACCUUCGUGUGGCUGAUGUGAUUGGGAGCUUGAGUGUAUAAUCUGUUUUCAUGUAGUUCUAUUAAUGAUUUUAACAGCUUACAUAUAUGUCAAUUCAGGUUGUUAGUGUCAAACCAAUAAACCAAACCAGCCAUGAGG